UUUCUGCUGUGGGAUUCUGCAAGCCUUAUAUACCAGAUCUGACUCUUGCGCUGAUGCUAGUGGUCGCCCGCCUCUGCCUCUGAACUCUCGCCUCUGAUCUCUCGCCACCCAGUUUCUCGUCAGGUAAAGAGAAAAACAUCAACAGCCAAGAUGUCUGAGAAAAAGAUGACAUCGAGUCGCAAGCAUCAUCUGAAGAGCUUGAUGCUUCAGAUUGCUGCAUCGCGGCUUGACCAAGAGGCAGCUGAUGCAGCAGCAGCCAAGGAGGCCUACCUGAAUGACAACUGCCCCCCCCUGGACCUCCCCAGCAGCAUAGAGGACCUUCAGAAACUGUGCAAAGAACUCCAUCAGAAGAUUGACAAAGUGGAUGAAGAGAGAUAUGAUGCAGAUGCCAAGGUCACAAAGGGGACAAAGGAGGUUGAAGAGCUGAAGUUCAAGGUAACAGAGAUGAAGGGCAUGAAGAAGCCAGCUCUGAAGAAAGUACGUUUGUCUGCCGAUCAGAUGCUUCAGGCUCUGCUGGGCUCCAAGCACAAGGUUACCAUGGACUUGAGGUCCAACCUGAAGCAGGUGAAGAAGGAGGUCAAGCAGGAGGCUGCAGCUGCUGGUGAUUGGCGCCAGAACGUUGAGGACAAGAAGGACAGAAAGAAGAUGUUUGAGGGCGCUGAGGCGUAAAUUUAAGAGAGCGUGUCCCCUAGAAGUUGUUUUCCACCUCAAAAAUAUUGUAAACAUGGACAGAAGAAGAUGGAUUGAACAGGCAGCAAGAAGAUGGAUUGAGGCCAUUUAUACUUUUGCUUCAUGUCUUUUUAUGUUCCCUACAGAAACAGAACAGAAACAAAUGCCUUUGUUUAUCAAAAUACAGUACUUGUUACACUUACAGACUAUGUUCAUUAAACAAUGUGUUUUAAAGUA